UGUUUACGUACUCGUAUGGUUGCUAUGGUUGUUCGUCGUCUGCUUGUUGCUAAGGUGCAUCGCCAAAUCUCGUUCCAUUCCGCAAUUCGUGAGAAAGUUGUAGGCUUCAACAAAGGCUGUUUGUGCAGUAUCAUCUACAUUGAUGAACUUGUGUUACACCAUCUACACUUAAUGGAAAGAACCGACCCCCAGGGUGCACCUGGGGAUGUUGAAAACGAUAAUGGGAUCACUGGACCUACUAUGCCGACAAGCCAAGCAGAAGCAGAGCUUGAUGAUUGGUCUCCUGUUACUAGUUCACAUUUGGAAAGUUCUGUUCGGAAAGCUGCAGCUUCAACAUCACGUUUGCUGUUCCUCACAGUUGAGUAUGUCGAAGAAGCAUCAAGUGAUUAUGGCAAUUCGGCAUUCUCAAGUUUUGAGCCAGUUGCACCAUUCUCCCCUCAACCAUCAUCAUCCUUAUCAGAGUUUGAGCAUCGCGUGAGUCCCCUGGAUCCUAACAUGAGUUCAGCCGCUAGAUACUCACCAGUGUAUGCUAUAACAGGUACAGGUACAAGUGCUUUGGCUGUAGUCACUGGUGAGGCUUCAUCUGCUGCCGGAACAGGUACUUCAUCUAAUCCAAGCUCGCCGUUUCCCAGUAGCCAGGUUGUGAGUCCGGUCAUCAACUCUUCUCCGGCCAAUGCCCUUCCACCUUCGCCGUCCUCAGGUAACCCAUAUAUAGACACUACACAGGUGCAUACCACAACUGUUGGUCACGGUUAUGUGAAUCCUACUUCACCCCUUCAGAUACUGUCUGAUAAUCGUACGUCAACAGGGGAAGGUCUCCUGAGGCAGGUUGUGUCUGGAACGUCAUACUUCAGAGCUGCUGCUGCUGCAUCUUCAACUUCAGGUGGUAUCUUGGGGACUUCACCCCCUCAUUCUCCACUACAGCCACCCCUGACACCUACGGACAACUAUGUGGUGUCAUCGUCAACUGGCCCUCUGGUGGAUUCCAUGUCAGCUACACCAUCUAAUUUUCAUGGCAAUGAUGAUGUGACAGUGGCUGUAGCAGUGACCACUCCUCCUGGAAGAGUCGACUCCACCAGCGAACUGAUGAUCCAACAGAAUACAGGCCAGUUGGUUGGUGGUGCCCCAGAUGGCAGUCAGCAGUACCAUGGAAUGAGUGGAGGACUGAAGACGGAGAGUGGCCGUGUGCAGCUGCUGAUCAGCAGUAGUGAUGGAUCCAGUAUUACCUACAGUUCGGAUCCAGGCCAAGCGUACUAUGUCGAACAGCUGGAUAAUGUGCUUGAUACUUUCAAAUCUCAAGGGCUGGUGAUCGAAGAGGGAGAUUUGAGAGUAAGGCAUCAUUCAGUUGUUCGUGGUGGCGCGACUUUACCCUUGGACAUUUCUUUAAACGUUACCGCUGAGCAGCAACAAGAUCUAAUUGAUGCCGAGCUGUUAGAAUCGCAAGUGAAUGGCGGUAUCGAGAGCCAAGUUCGUAGGUUAGAACAUCCCUUGUUGGGUGAAGAUGUGGACAUGAACCUCGGUGUCGCAGCAUCUGGACUAAAGGCUCCUGCCCCAGACAACUUUGUCAAUGUAUUGUUGAAUGGGCAUGCAGAGACCAUAGUGAAGAAGGAUAACAGUAUGUUGCCUAGGAGAUCAAAACGUCACCAGAUUCAGGCGCGCAGUCCGCAGCAGGAGAUAAUUGCAGAUUUCAAAGAUGAUACAAAGAGUUUCUCUGAGGACAUUUGGAUCAAUGGUGAUAUAAAACGGUGUGAAGAAUGCCACAACUCGUAUGAGCAUGGCUGCCCUCGGCAUCGAGUGCAGACUAUAUGUGACAAGCCCGUCCCUUCAAGGGCCUGGGCCACUUUACCAGCCUCUUAUUUGGCAAUUAACAAAGUUGGGACAACAUCUGAUGGAUCACCAGUGUAUGGCGUAUUUGCUCGGAAAAGAAUUCCAAAGCGAACUCAGUUUGGGCCCAUUGAGGGUGUACUGGUAAAGGCAGAUGAACCUCACGUGAUUUUGGCUGGGGGAGAAGAACCACAGCUUGAGUUGUUGGUGGAAUCGGAAACUGGAGCCAUGUUGAAACUUGACAUUGAAAGUGAGAAUUCAUCUAACUGGAUGCGGUUUGUGCAGGGAGCUGAAAGUUUCAAAGAUCAGAAUCUAAUAUUGAGUCAGCGGUCAUUCUUUAUAUUCACAACUACACGAGUAAUCCACCCUCGACAGGAACUCCAAGUAUGGUAUAGCCUUCCGUAUGCCAAUAAGCGAGGACUACCCCUGCUUCAACCCGACCCAGGAAAAAGAGUUGUUGAAGACCUGGAACAUAUGUGGCCAUGCUUUGAAUGUAAUGAGAGGUUUGUCAGCUCUGAAGAGCUACAGAAGCACUUGAAUGUUCAUGACAAUGAACGGGAGGAAGAUGGAGAGCCUCUGAAAUCAAAGUCUAAGAAAUCUGGGCGAACAUUUAGGCGCAAAGGUGUGUCACAUUUUACACCAAAGAAAUUUAAGUCAGAUGGUGAUAAACGUACUGAAUUGUACCCUUACCAGUGUCAUGUCUGUCAUCGAGCCUUUCCUCGCAACUACAGUUUGAAACGACACCAGCUUCUGCAUGUUGGGGAGAAGAAGUACAUUUGUGAAAUUUGUGGACAUCAGUUCUCUCAUGUGCACAACAGAGACAGGCAUGUUCGAAAACACCAUAAAAAUUAUGGCAGUGACAACAGUGGGAAAUUUACUUCCAACACAGUUUUGAAGAAGAAGCCACCAGGGCCUGGUAAUGAGUGGUUAUGUUCACACUGCAGUCUGACUUUCACCAGUGCGUCAGUCUUGAAUCUUCAUACUCUAGCCCAUGCAGCAGACAACUUAGAGGAAACAGAAAUUAUCACUGGACUGCCAUCUGAUUUCUAUUCAGUGUACCAUGCUGGGGAAUUUCUUGUACAAAAUGGUGAUGUGCAGUGUCCACAGUGUACACAGGAAUUCCCUAGCAAAAAGGAACUGAUUGAUCACGUAUCAGCGCAUGGUAAACCAACUGCUCCACAGCUACGCUCUCGCCUGCGUUCCGUAAACCCUGCUAAGCCAUGGAAGUGUGAUCUUUGUUACAAGAGCUUUGCAGCAGAAGAUCGCCUUCAGCAUCACAUGUUGGUACACGGGGCUGAAGAAUCCAAGCCCCUGCAGUGUGACAUAUGCUAUAAGCGUUUCCUCAAUAAUUCUGCUCUGGCUUGCCACAUAAAAAUUCACACAGAGAAGAAGAUCUAUGAAUGUCCAAUUUGCAAGGCAGUCUUUGACCAGGUCCUUGCUUUGAAAGAACAUACGCACAUUCACUCAGAAAAUGGAUUAUUUACUUGUCUGCAGUGCAGUAAGGUGUUUGAUGAGUACAGUCUGAUCCGUAAACACAUUCGAGCAUUCCACAGUGACAGGAAGCACACUUGCUCAUACUGUUCCAAGCCGUUCCCAACGCUCGACAAACUCAGAAUGCAUAUGCUCAGGCAUUCAGAUCACCGCGAAUUCCUGUGUGCCAACUGUGGGAAGCAGUUUAAACGCAAGGACAAGUUGAAAGAGCAUAUGAAACGUAUGCAUUCGGCCGAACGGGAACUGCGACUUUCCAUGAAACCUUAUCACACGCCAACUGCCAAGAAAUUCAUGCCCAAGGUUUCUCCAACAGAUUAUCAUCGAUUUAUCUACAAAUGCCACACUUGUCUCUUGGGGUUUAAGCGUCGUGGAAUGCUUGUGAAUCACCUGGCAAAGCGUCAUCCUGACAUCAGUCCUGAUUCUGUUCCUGAACUUAACUUGCCGAUCCUGAAAACAACCCGAGACUAUUACUGUCAGUAUUGUGAAAAGAUUUAUAAAAGUAGUUCGAAGAGAAAGGCUCACAUCUUGAAAAAUCACCCUGGAGCAGAGUUGCCAAUGAGCAACAGACGAAAGGGAGGUGUUCCAGAGAUACCAGGCAUACCAAACCCAACAUUCUCACAGACUGUAGGCAGCGUAACAACGCAUCCACAUGGCUGUCCCUGGUGUCACAAGCAGUAUGCAUCAAAAGCAAAGUUACUGCAACACCAACGCAAGAAACACAUUGAUCUGCUGCCUCAGAACCAGCAGUCACCUCGGGUGAUGAAAAAUCCCAACUCUCCAGGAGGACCUGAAGGUGGAAAGUUUUUGCCGAUGUCGGUAGCUUCAAGACUCCCAACCUGUGAAGCACAGCAGGUGGUACAGUUGCAAGAUACAGCAGACAGUGUGGUCACCUCACAGACCAUCGGCAUUAUUCCAGCAGACUAUCAGAUCACAGGAACUGAAGAGGCCUUACAGGAUUAUGAAGAAUCUGGAAUAAUAAUAGACACUUCAAUUUUGAAACGUCCAUUGAAGAAUCUCGCCGAUGGAGUCUCAGAAGAAAUUCUCAAGCGAGCCAUGACAGAACUGAGCCAGAUCAGUGAGUUUCAUGUAUCUGUUAGUGGGGGUACAGCAUCUGGCCUAACUGGCCAGGAUCACUUCUUCAAAAUUGUACAAACUUCUUCAAACCCAAUUACAGUAACCCAAUCACAGGAAUCUGAAAUCCAUCCCGAUACGUCAACUCCUCAAAGUGCACCCGGACGUAACUGUCAGGAUCCCAUGUCCCCUGCUACUGCAUCUGCCCCUACUACUACCUCUCAGUUGCAACAUCUCCUCACUUCCGAUCAGUCCUAUUCGCUCCCGUCUUCUCCCGCUGCCACGGCAUCACCUUCAUCAUCUUCUCCAGGACCACGUGCCUGGACCCACGCUCAUGCCACCUACACUCCCUAUACGGCCCGCUGACACUAGCCGUCGCUAUUUCUUUGUGCACUGCAUUGGUUUUUGCCCCUGAAACUCCGGAAGGAGUUGUGGAAGGGGCGAUGUGAAACCUUGGUCUAAGCUCUUGAGAGUUGAAAACUCACUCGGGCAAAUCUGCUCUGUUGCAGCUUUGGUUGUACAGAGAUGACAGGAGUGUUGUUUUGUUGUGCAGGCUGAAACCUGGCAACACAUGCAGGUGGGAGAAUGAGGAUUUUUUUGUGUAGUGCAUUGUAGAUCGGUGCAUCUCGUAAUGCUUUGUUUGGAAUCUGUGAGGUUUGGCAUGAAUAUAAGGGUUUGAAUAGGUUUGUAAUGUUAUUUUAUUGAGAGAGAAAAAAGAUUUGCUGAUGGUAUUGGUUUGGUUUCGGAAGCAAGAAGCUUCCAGUUGUCAGUAUUGUAUUCCAGAUUCAGUGGAAUGUGGCUGGUUUACUUCUCCUUUUUUUAAUCUUGUAGAGCCUGCAUGGCUUUUAGUUUUAUGGCCGGCUGUCUUUGUUUUUUGAUGGAGUUUAGAUAAUACUGAUGUUAUUUUAUUGCACCAGAAGAACAGUUCACUCUUAGACAAUGUGUGAAUAGGUUUUAAGAAGCGGAGCUGUCGGAGAGCAGGGAGCAAUAUUAUCACUUCCAUAAGAAAAGGAGGAUUUUUAACAGGGACUGUAAUCUUAGCAGAAAGUAUUUUUAAAAUGAAGAUAAUUAGUGACUUUAUACCUGCUUUUUGUCAGAUCGCACGAAAUGUGGAUUCAUAAUUUAUCAAUGCAAAGAAAUUUAGUGCUGCAGUCGCUGAUGUAUUUAUUAAAUGUAUAGUCAUUUAUUUAUUUGAACUCGAUAAAAGUUCUAUUUUUUUAAUUUUAAUCUGCUGUCAAGAGAAAAAUAAAGAUAGGUACUGUUGUUAAAUGUGUCCAGUAGGCAUAGUUUUGGAGUGUGAACAGUAGUUGGAACAUUGGUAAAUGAUUAUAUUUUGGGGAGUGGCGUGUAGUUGAAUAGCAUUCUUGCCUAGCCAGAUAAUAGACUAAACAGACAGCUUCUAAUCUUGUUCAGAUAAAUGAAAUUGUUUGUCCCCUAAUUAUGCAGGGGACUUUAAUUUGUAACAGGUUAUAUACUUGUCAUAGCAGUAAACUUUUCUACUUGUUUGUUUUUGGGUUGUGAUUUCACUGUUGAUGCGCACCAAUUGAAGUACUGUCAGACCCAUUCAGAAUCAAUCAUCCUGUCUUUGUGAGUGGUGCUGUAAUUCUCUGUAAUAGACAAUGCUUACACACAAAAUGUAUAUGGCAAUAGAAUAGCCUUGAAAGGCGCAGCAAUUGAAUCAUCUUUAUCAUGUGACGUUAAUAGCAGAAAUUUUUAUUUCUGAUAUUUUGGAUCUUUGUAUAGAAAUAUGUAGGCCAAUGGAGGAUCUAGUUUGAUUUUGCCAGUGCUGUGGCAAUUUUUGGAGUACUAUAUUUACUUGAAUAUUAGACGAUAUUUUAAUUCUGAAUUAGACAUUAAUAAAGAUGUUGAAGUGUCUGAUGUUUUUGGUAGUCUGUUAUUCGAGUAAAUGAAGUAUUAACUUGUUG